UUCGCGACUCUUCCUCUUCCUGACUCCUACCUCUUUCACCAAUCCUGUGCUGGUUCCGACUUAAUUGACGAAUCUGAUCUCUCACAGUGGGACCAACCCCCUCCUUAUGAUCAUCCAGUUCCACCUGACUCGCCAGAGGAAGCGCGAUUCACGGAGAACCUUGUCGAUGUGAUGCAUGGACGGUACUUGCGCAUCCAAAGGGAGUCU